GCAGAGCCUAUUUUUCACAUCUGAUUUAAUUUCAUAGAACUUUCAUAGAAUAUUGCUACACUAAACAUCUUUGUCUGGAUAAUACCCCAGUACUCAGCUUUUAUUAGAAAAUGAAUGGCAUGCCACUGUGAUCAUUUUCUGUGACGACAGAGUAAAUUAUUAUGCAGCCUCAGAGGGGUGCCCAAACUUUUUCAUACGACUGUAUGUAUCAACCACAGAACUGACACUUACUAGCAGUUCCCACUCACUACCAGUCAGUUGACUCACUGUACAAGACCUCUCCCCUUCAGUCUACUGCAGGGUGGGAGAUGCAACAAUGGCCUUGAGAACAGCAGGAAGUGUGUUGGUGGUCUUUCUCUGGUCUGUAGCAGUGGUACUGGGUCAGUAUGGCUGGAGUGUGACUUACACCACUCAGAGUAUCUGUACUUUGGAGGGGUCAACAGUGGAGCUGUCCUGCUCUAUCAGAUAUCCCAGUGGUACAGUCACAUCAACCGUCUGGUUCACUAAAUGGGGGACUGGUGUAGAACCUGAAGAUCUAGGUCAGGACCCAGAGUAUGCAGGUCGUCUGGAGUAUCAUGGGGAUAAGAAGAAUGGUCACAACCUGAGAAUCACAGACCUGAGAGAGAAAGACUCAGCUACGUACAAGUUCAGAUUUAUAACAGAUCAGACUGGAAGGAAAUAUACUGGUGAUCCUGGAGUCACUCUGUCUGUCACAGCUCUGCAGGUGAUGGUGACUCCACCACGGUGGGCAACGUCGAAGACACUGACCUGUAGCACCACCUGUACUCUGACUGACAACCCCACCUACAUCUGGUACAAGAACGGACAACAUCUAGAUGAGAGCACCUCCCCCCAGUACAAAUACUCAGUCUCCAGUAACUAUGAGGACAGUUACUCCUGUGCUGUUAAAGGCCAUGAGGAUCUCCACUCUCCUGCAGUGUGUGUUCAGGGUCAGAUCUGCAGCAGAGUAACUUACACCAAGAGGAGAAUCUGUGUCUUGAAGGGGUCAACAGUGGACAUAUCCUGUACUUAUGUUGGUUAUUAUUCCACCACAUCAACAUUCUGGUUUAGAAGUGAUAAGUCGACCCCUGAAGACCUAACCAGCGACCCAGGGUAUGCAGGUCGUGUGAAGUACACUGGAACAUACAGAGGUCCCUUCAUCCUGAGAAUCACAGACCUGAGAGAGGAGGACUCAGCUGAGUAUCGCUUCACUUUUAAAACAGACUACGUUGAAUGGGGUCAUAGUUUCCCAGGAACAACUCUGUCUGUCACAGGUCUGCAGGUGAAGGUGACUCCUGCUGCAGAGGGACAGAAGACACUGACCUGUAGCACCACCUGUACUCUGACUGACAACCCCACCUACAUCUGGUACAAGAACGGACAGAAUGUACAAGAUACCACCUUUCCCAUGUACUCCAUCAGCAGUGAGGAUGCAGACAGCUACUACUGUGCUGUAAAAGGCCACGAUGGUCUCAGCUCUCCUGCAGUGUAUAAACCAAAGACCUCAGUGUCAGUCAGUCCCUCUGGUGAAAUAGUGGAGGACAGUUCAGUGACUCUGACCUGCAGCAGUGAUGCCAACCCACCUGUGGACAAAUACACCUGGUACAAGAAGAAUGGAGGUGACUAUCAGAGUAUGACAGGACCACAGCAUGUCUUCAAUCAAAUCCAGUCAUCUGACACUGGAGAGUACUACUGUGAGGCCCAGAAUGAGAUGGGGACAGACAGGUCUAGGACCAUAAACAUGGAUGUGAAGUACGGCCCAAAGAGCACCUCAGUGUCAGUCAGUCCCUCUGGUGAAAUAGUGGAGGACAGUUCAGUGACUCUAACCUGCAGCAGUGAUGACAACCCACCUGUGGACAAAUACACCUGGUACAAGAAGAAUGGAGUCUACUAUCCAUCAACCACCUAUAUGACCACAGGACCACAUCUUGUCUUCAAACAAAUCCAGUCGUCUGACACUGGAGAGUACUACUGUGGGGCCUGGAAUGGGAUUAAGACAGGGAGGCCUGAAUAUAUCAACAUCAAUGUGAGAUAUAAGCCAAAGAACACCUCAGUGUCAGUCAGUCCCUCUGGUGAAAUAAUGGAGGGCAGUUCAGUGACUCUGACCUGCAGCAGUGAUGCCAACCCACCUGUGGACAAAUACACCUGGUACUUUCAAAAUAAGACUUUUCUAAAUGGAUUUGGACAGAUGUACAACAUAAGUAAGUUCAAGUCUAAGGACAAUGGACAUUACCACUGUGAGGCCUGGAAUGGAAGAGGAUCUAGGAACUCUACAGCUCUGAUGAUCAUUUUACCAGAGAAACAGACCUCAGUUCUGACUGCAGCUGUAGGAAUCAUAGUGGUUGUUCUGGUUCUCAUCCUCUGUCUCUCUGGACUCAUGUGGUUCAGGAGAUCCACAGGAGGAAGUGAUGCCACAGCAGACACACAGAGUGUCCGUCCUGACUGUAACAGUGACAUGUACACAGGUCUGAACAUGAGGACCAUGUCCCCUGACUAUGACACUCUGGCAAAUGUCCAUCCUGACCCUAACAGUGACCCCAACAGUGACAUGUACACACCUCUGAACAUAAUGACCAGGUCACCAGAGUAUGACACCCUGGCAAAUGUGAGGGGAAUCUCCCUCUGAAGAGAAGCACCACAGAACCUGGACUGAAGAGAAGCACCACAGAUCCUGGACUGAAGAGAAGCACCACAGAUCCUGGACUAAAGAGAAGCACCACAGAAGCUGGACUAAAGAGAAGCACCACAGAAGCUGGACUGAAGAGAAGCACCACAGAUCCUGGACUAAAGAGAAGCACCACAGAAGCUGGACUAAAGAGAAGCACCACAGAUCCUGGACUGAAGAGAAGCACCACAGAUCCUGGACUGAAGAGAAGCACCACAGAAGCUGGACUGAAGAGCUACUGUUCCAAUCCAAAGCUAGGCAUCACACCUCUAUUAUCUUGCUAUCAUAUCUAGAUGGUUUUCCAGACCAUGAACUUUAACUUUUGAGUAAAUGCUGGAAUAUACAUUUUAUUAUUUUAUUAUGAUAAUUAUGUAUAUUGAUGAUAAAUGGGUUAUGCUUCUGUAUUUUUUUCAAUGGGAUUUUUCCAUUUCCAUAUUUUUCUUGUGUAUUAAUCUGUUUAAUAUCUAUAGUUGAAGUUUAUAUUUCUGAUCUUUUUCAAUGGAAUUUAGCCAUUUAGGGAUUUAUAACAUCAAUAGUCCUACUUUCCUCAGCAACUAAUAUGGAUAAUAUUGAUAAAAGCUUUUUAAUAUUUUUAGCUUUUGGGUCAAGUUUCUCCUGAUGUGUUUAAUGAUGAUUUACUUUGUAUUGCUGUCAUAUAUUAUUCCACAUUUUAUAUUUGGGGCGGCAGGUAGCCUAUAUUGGGGUGACAGGUAGCCUAUAUUGGGGUGGCAGGUAGCCUACAUUGGGGUGGCAGGUAGCCUAUAUUGGGGCGGCAGGUAGCCUAUAUUGGGGC